AUGUUAAAUCCAUUCCCUCAAGAAAAUAGGGGUAUCAGUCGUUUGAUACACAGUACAGGAAAAUACAAUGUUAGUAAAAACCAGACGCCUGAAUUCUGGAUCGCCCAUAUUCGGGACUUUUCUCACACUCUGGUGGAGAGUUCGUGGAAAUGGAUCCUUCUUGCAUUCAUUUCCAGUUACAUUUUGUGCUGGUUACUGUUCGCGUGGUUUUACGAAUUGGUCGCCAUUGCGAACGGUGACCACGAUGGUAAUUACACAUCCAGUAAACCGUGUUUGGAAGGGAUCCACAGUUUCACCGGGUAUUACUUGUUCAGUCUGGAAACCCAACAUACCACAGGGUUCGGAUCGCGAGUCAUUACCGACAAUUGUGUCGAAGGGGUUUUUAUCUUGUCCAUGCAGGUGAUCUUGGGUAGUGCCAUUUGUGGAGGAAUGGCUACGUUGGUCUAUACGAAAAUGGUCAAACCGGAAAGUUUGAAUGCCCCCCUCGAUUAA